AGACCAUUGAACGAUCAACUUGAAGAAGAACAAUAACCAACUCCGAUCAAAUCAUUCAAAUCAUCAACCAAAAUGUCGUCAUCACUUAGAACUCUAAUUCCUCCCAAGAUUGCCUCAGUUCAAGCUCUUACGGGUUCAAGUACUGCUGCUAGGAUGAACAGAGUAGUCGAAUUUUAUUCAAAGCUUCCUAAAGGUUCAGCUCCUAAACCAUCAGCUGGAUUAAACCCAUUUGCUCGUUACAAAGCAAGAUAUAUCGAUGGAGAAAAUGCUAGUGCUGCACCUUUACUUCAUGCGAUCUUGGGAUUAUUUGUUGUAGGUUACACUAUCGAAUAUAACAUGCACCUUAAGUUUCAUAAAAACAACCAUCAUUAGAAGUAGUGAUCUCGAACCUAAACUCUAAACCUAUCCAUAAAUCGAAAUUGAAAAUGAAAAUGAAAAUUAAGAUCUCGAUCUCUAUGUCUGAUCAAUGAUCAAUCUUUUGAAACUAAAUUCACC